AUGUCUGAUCGAUUGAGCCAGCUCCAGACGUGUUUUGACCAGCUGGUAACCCAGUUCUUUUCGUCGCUCAACUACAUUAAUCAACAUCAUGAGUUUGUUCCUGCUGACGGCCAGCAGCCUGUGAGCGACACAGCGCACCAAGCUCUUCCCAAGCAGCAGUUCACCAAAGACCUCGAAGAGCUGGCCAAAGAUAUGGCGAUGAAAGCCAAGCAGAUCGAGGUUUUAAUAGAUAGCUUGCCAGGAAUUGACACUUCAGAAAAGCUGCAGAUGGAGUCUUUGGCAAGUUUGGAAGAAGAGCUUCUGCAAGUGCACCAAGAACGGCAGGAGGCUAUCGACGAGCGAAGACGGCUGCUUGGAUUGUGCGAUGACCUUAUUCUACGCAUAACCAAAGACAAAGUCGAACUGGAGCUCGAUGAGAAUGCAUAA